UUACUAUGUGAUGUCUAUGAUUAUAAAUGGACUGCGUUAAGACUCCCGGGAAAUCGAUGGUUGUAUGCCGAUAAUGGGUUUAUUCGAUAAGCUUGCUAAUAUUUUAGGAAUUAAAAGAAAGGAAGCCGAUAUAUUAGUUGUUGGAUUAGAUAACAGCGGCAAAACAACGAUCAUUAAUCAUUUUAAACCGGAUGAACAGAAGAGCGUGGAUAUUGUUCCAACCAUUGGAUUUAAUAUCGAGAAAUUCAGAGUUAAGAAUUUGACAUUUACAGCAUUUGACAUGUCGGGACAAGGAAGAUACAGAAAUCUAUGGGAGCAUUAUUAUCAAAAUGCUCAAGGAAUCGUAUUCGUUGUAGAUAGUGCCGACAGUUUGAGAAUGGUUGUUGCCAAAGACGAGCUGGAGAUGAUGUUGCAGCAUAAAGACAUAAAAGACCGUCCCAUACCUGUUUUAUUCUUUGCAAAUAAAAUGGAUCUAAGGGAGUCCAUGUCCAGUGUCAAAGUCAGUCAGGCACUAGGUCUAGAUAAUGUCAAGAACAAGCCGUGGCACAUUUGUUCCAGUAAUGCCAUAACCGGAGAAGGAUUACAGGAGGGAGUGGAAUGGUUGACUGAUCAACUGCGUUACAUGGUGCAGAAUAAACGGUUUUGAUAGGCAAUCAACACUCUGCUAUAUUGACUGAAUGAAUGCAAAGAAUAUUCCGUCCACACCUGCAAAUACUUUGUAUCAUAUUUAUCGACAAUGAGUUUUAAAUACUAUGUUUGUUAUAAAGAACACAUUUUUAAUUUUGUAAGAGUAAUUAAUUGCAUGUUCACAGUUGGAUUAUUUAUUACUAUUAAGAUUUGCACUUUGUAAUAAUUUUGUAAAUAAAUAUUCUUUUAGAA